CAAAGUAGACGUGCAAAAGACGAGAAGAAAAGUAGUGGAAAAAAAAAGUCAAGAAAAAAUGAAAACCUAAACAAAAAAGUGUAGUCGAAGAAAGUUUUUCCUCCCGAAUUUUGCACAAAUUAUUGCCAUAAAGUGAAAACCAUUCCAAAAAAUUCCACCUCCAACGGCGUCAUGAGCCGCUAGGGCACGCGGGGAAACUACUGUUUUUGCCAUAGGAGGUUCCUUCCGGUGAAAAUCCAUCCCCCCUCCCCCAGUUGAAAGUGUCGGAAGGAAGGAGCGGAAUCCCAAUCGAAAGAAACAACACAAUGAUGGACAUCUGCCGUCUAGCGUCGGACGAUCAGCCGGACAGUAUCAAGAUGGUUGAGAUAGACUUCCAGGCGCUGUGCCGGAUAUGUGGCGCCCUGGGGGAAAAUUUAACUUCGGUGUUCGGAAAGCGAGCUGCCGACCGGCUGCGGGAACGCAUCGGCAAGUAUCUGCAGAUCGACAUCCUGGCGGAGGAUUGUCUGCCGACGAAGGUUUGCGACGGGUGCCGCGAGACGUUGGAUCGGUUUCAUGAGCUGUACGAAAAGUGUCACCGGACGGACGAGAAGUUCCGGACGAUGAUGAGCUCGGCUGAGGAGCUGAAGGAUGCUGUGGCGGUGGUGGCCGAGGAGGAAGAAGCGGAUGAGGAAGAGGAGGAGGAGGAGGAAAAGGAAACUAAGCUGGUGACGGAGGAAGAGGUGCUGGAGAAGGAGGUGGAGGUUGAGGUGGAAGAGGAAGCGCCAGUUUGCAAGAAGGCGAAGGAGAGCAAGCGAGAUUUGAAGCAGGAAGAAGCGCAGGGGGAUUCACCGGAGAAGCAUGGCAAACGCUUCACCCGGAGCUCCAAGGCUUUCACGUGCAACUUCUGCAAGUCGAACGGCACCAUCAAGGCGAACACCUUCGCCAGCAAAACCGCGCUGGUGGAUCACCUGAAAGACCAGCACUCGGAGCAGAUAUUCCACUGCGAGCAGUGCGACAACUAUCUGGAUCGGAACAUCCUGAUCCAACACAUGACCAUGCACGCCCUGAGCAUGUUCAGCCAAACAGGCCCAAACGAGUCCCAGCCGGAGGACGAAGACGACCACGAACAGCAAACGUCCGGUGUCGAUCUGGAGGAAGGCGAAGGCAGCCAACAGACGAUGGAAGGUAAGUCCGGCGAAGGAAUCGAACUGGCCAACAAAGAGAACGAUGCAAAAUCUCCUCCUGAUCCGCUGGCUGAUCCGGCUGAAGCGGCCACGGUUCCAGCUGCCGCCGACACGAAACCGGGUGACGUCCGGAAGCUGUACUGUUACAUUUGCGAAAAGACCCUAGCCAAUCGAAGCGCGUACUCGUAUCACAUUAACCAGGUUCACUUGAACAUCAAAAAUUUCUCCUGUACGUACUGUAGUAAAAAAUUCGGAAACCAAAGACUGUUGAACAACCACGUGGCGGGGGUGCACUCGCGCGAUCGGAACUUCACCUGCGAGACGUGCUCGAAGCGGUUCAAAACCAACGUCGCCCUGUACAACCACCAGCGCAUCCACGACGAUGCGGCCGUCAAGUUUUCCUGCACGUUCUGCGACAAAAAGUUCCGCUACCGGAACCACCUCACUAGUCAUCAGCUGGUCCACAUGAACGAGCGGAACUUCCCGUGCAACCAGUGCGACAAGAAGUUCAACAAUCCGGAGUGCCUGCAGAAGCACAAACUGACGCACGUGGAAACCCUGCCGUACCAGUGUCCGCUGUGCGGAUUCAGCACCAAGCAGAAGCGCUACCUGGUGAUGCACGCCAAGCGGAUCCACAUGGUGAGGUAAGCGGUUGGGGGUGACGGCGGCAGCAGCGGCGGCGGCGGCGAUGACGAUAAGAUUUCAUUCCUUUCCCGGAGGAGGAGGAGGAGAAGAAGAAGACAUGGGUGCGCAGUGUCGGACAAAAUGAGUGGGAAUGGGACUUGUCUUGACAAGGAUUCAGGGAAGUUAGGAGGACUUGUUGGGGGCCUCAAGUAGCCUGGUAAGUUAAGGCACGGUACUGACGAACCGGAAACGGCGGGUUCGAUUUCCGGUUCGGUCUAGAAAAUCUUUAGAUUUGGGCAUUUUUUGCCACACAACAAAUGCAUGCGUUGGUUGGAAUAGAAAGUUGCCAACCGGGAAA